GGACGCUCGAGAUCCCCCUACAGGCUUGCUCUUGGUUGAUUAAUUAUGGAUGCCAGGUGCAGCAUACUCUAAUAGCACAGGUCUCGGCGGCGCGACAACAGGCCGUGCCCAUUGCUCUCGAUGCUCGGCCGCAAGUUGACUGGAAGUGCCAGCUUUGUCUGCCUGAGAUGCCGUCGGCUGCUGGUUGGCGCGCCCCAGCGGCUGCCGCCUCCUGCGCUUGCCUUCCUGCCGUCUUCAAGAACCCACCGGCGAUCCGUCGGUAGCCAGGCAGGCUUGACCGGUCCCGGCGGGCCCAGCGACGACCAGUUCGACCACCAGGAUAAUGCCGAACUUGGCUCCGAACCCAGCACAGAGCCCGACGACGUGAGCGCAGGCCACAGCGAGGGCUUCGGAUCCCACCGGCCGCCGUCGACACCGCUUUCACCUCAGCAGCGCACCUACAAGUCCAAGGGCCAUCUUCUCUCCCCGGUACCGGAGGGCCUCUCCGUCGACAUCCUGGGGAAACCUGGUUCCGCUAUUGUACUGCGGGAAAAGCGCGCUCUACCGAAAAAGCCCCGCAGCGCUGACCCGCUGCGGUCCGACGAUGAUCACGAAACGUCCGUCAGCCCGGCGAGCCUCUUGCCUGAUGAGACCGCCGAUGAAACAUCCGAGGAUGUUCUCCUCAACAUCCACGAGCUGAAACCGAAAGAGACGCGCAUCCUCACGGAUAAACAAUUCAAGAAACUCAAGCGCACGCUCAUCGAAGGGUUCACGAGCAGUCAGCUGGAGAGCUAUUUAAGGGAACACGAGCAGACGCUGCAAUUUGCAGAAGAAGAGACAGGCAAUUUGGACGAGACGCCGUGGAUACUAGAGCGCGAGCCAUGGGUACCGCUGGUGCAAGCUGCGGGCCAGGACGUCGAGCCACGCUUAGAGGGCUACGUCCACAAGGCAAUGGCCCCUAAGGAAAGGCUCGCAGUGCGCUUGAUGCGGCAAUGCUGGGACGUGUUGAACCAGAAGGUUCUCGAUCAGGAUGGUUACCUGAGUAUCAAGUUGCGCGAUGUCGAAUUCUCCCUCUUGACCCUCGGUAACAGAAGAUGGCUGGAAGGCACGCCGAGAGCCAUUCUAGCACGCGUGAAGCAAGUCAAGCUGAUCCGCGAAACCCGCACGGUCUCCAUCGUGGCGCCGAAGCACACGGCAGAUUCAAUUCUCGACCGAAUCAAUCGAGUGCUCUCCAAUGCCCGAACCAGUGACUUUCCGGUUGAUCUCGCCUCCCCGAAGCCCCUUGAGCCCGGUAUUCUCGAGGAAGUCGGGCGCUUGACGAACACCGUGACUCGCCUCGAUCCGUCGGGCAACAAGGUCGUCGUCACCUGGAUUCACAUGCCCGAGCGAGACGAGAACUUCGAGAACGCAGCAGAGACCGUGUUGCGGUUCUUGCGUGAUGCCUACGGACCGAAAGCUCGUAUGUCCUCGGCAUUGCAAAUCGUACCCAGCGAUCUCGCCAAACAGGGUCGCUACAUAGGCAUGCUUAACUAUGCGCAGAAAUUGCCAUGGCAGGAGCGCUUCGAGAAGUGGGAGAGGUGGACCGCCGCCCUGUCCUACCGGAAUCCUGAUUCCGACGCUCCCGCUUCGAUACCGGCGGAUAUCCUUGCCUUCCCUCUCGAUGGCGAAGCGGCUGCCAAGGCUCCUGAAACGGAGCAGUCAACAGAACACCCCCCCGGCUGGUCCCUCCAGUCGCAGACCGACACGAGCGCCGUCUUUGGGCAUGUCGUCUUCACCCGCCAGAAACAGCCCUCCUUGCCCAGCCCUGCCCCUGAAUCCACCUCCCAGUUAGACCCCUCUCUCCCACGCACAUUUCUGCCCACACUUCCCGCCCUCGGAAGCCUCAACCUUCCCACCAACCUUCACGAAGAAGGCCUCUGGCACUCAACAGUCGUCAUUCGCUUUGCGCCGUCUCCCGACAUCGCCCAAGAGCUCAUCACGUCCGCGCCCGGCCUCGAGCUCCGCAUCGAAGCCGACCACAGGGAGCUCAAGCGCCUUGUGUCCCUCCGCGCCAUCACGGAGACCUUUACGGGGGACGUGCUCUUCCCCGCAGCCGCCGUGGACACGCGCCUUGUGCAGCAGCGCUACUUCACCCUCCCCGGCGCAGGCAUCGAACAUCACGUUCCGGCAAUUAUCACCUUUCUCUCCAAAUCCAACCUGCGCCCCUGGGACGGCAAACUCAGCACGCCGCCCGUCCUCCUCGGCGUGCGCCUUCCCCGGCGCCUCUUCCCGAGCACCUUCGACGCCACCCACGCAGGCGCCGACGGCAGCACCGACUUAGUCCAAAUAGACUACGCCUUGGCGUCCAUCGAAGUCCAGCGCACCGUCACGGCCGCGUACUCGGGCCUCAAGCUGCGGUACACCAGCAUCCAGGGCGGCCAGCGGGGCGGCGAGCGGGCAGAGAUCUCUCUCGACGCCGUGCGCGUUCCCGAGGGCAAGGGAGAGGACGCUUCUUCACCGGGAGAGCCGGACCUGUACGAGAUCGUCGACGAGGCCGACGUCCGUCGGCCUCGGUUCAUUUCUCAUACCAUACACGCGGUGCGGGAGAAAGCGGCCCAGCGGGCGGCCCCCGCGAAACCAGUUGAGCUGGCCGAGUUCAUACGCGUAGCGUCCGGCAUUGUGCAUGAAACUGGUGGGCUGAAAUGGCAUGCCAAGAGAUCAUAGAAACACCCAAGACCAUAGACAUAUGCGAAUAGACAUGUACAGGAUUUGUAGGAUAGACGCGAACUGCAUCUCUACAACCUCCUCGCCGGGCGUGUUCGUGGUGGGGAGGCUUGAGGCAUCAUAUUACCUACUAGUUUGCAUUUUUAUGCACUGCAUCUUCGCUUACGAUUGACAUC